CACUGACGCUGUGCUGCUGCGGCGGAUAAGAGCCUCCUCAGCGGAUUCAUGCAAACAAAUCUCGCUGUAAACCGCGUUUCUCCUCAUUUCUGGCUGUUCGUGUGUGUUUACUGAACGCCAUGUCCUACAACUACGUGGUGACCGCGCAGAAGCCCACGGCGGUGAACGCCUGCAUCACGGGCCACUUCACCUCCGCCGAGGACCUGAACCUGCUCAUCGCCAAGAACACGCGGCUGGAGAUCUACGCGGUGACGGCGGAGGGGCUGCGGCCGGUCAAAGAGGUCGGCAUGUACGGCAAGAUCGCGGUGAUGGAGCUGUUCAGGCCCAAGGGAGAGAGCAAAGACCUGCUGUUCAUUCUGACGGCCAAAUACAACGCCUGCAUUCUGGAGUACAAGCAGAGCGGAGACAGCAUCGACAUCAUCACCCGUGCCCACGGCAACGUGCAGGACCGCAUCGGCCGGCCAUCGGAGACCGGGAUCAUCGGAAUUGUGGACCCGGAGUGCCGCAUGAUCGGGCUGCGUCUCUACGACGGGCUGUUCAAGGUGAUCCCGCUGGACCGAGAGAACCGCGAGCUCAAGGCCUUCAACAUCCGGCUGGAGGAGCUGCAGGUCAUCGACGUCCAGUUCCUGUACGGCUGCCAGGCGCCCACCGUCUGCUUCAUAUAUCAGGACCCGCAGGGCCGACACGUGAAGACAUACGAGGUUUCCCUCCGGGAGAAGGAGUUCAAUAAAGGGCCCUGGAAGCAGGAGAACGUGGAGGCCGAGGCGUCGAUGGUCAUUCCAGUCCCGGAGCCGUUCGGCGGAGCCAUCAUCAUCGGGCAGGAGUCCAUCACCUACCACAAUGGAGAUAAAUACCUGGCCGUCGCUCCGCCCAUUAUUAAGCAAAGCACCAUAGUGUGCCACAACCGUGUGGACCCGAAUGGCUCGCGGUACCUGCUGGGCGAUAUGGAGGGCCGGCUGUUCAUGCUGCUGCUGGAGAAGGAGGAGCUGAUGGACGGAGCCGUGGUGCUGAAAGACCUCCAUGUGGAGCUGCUGGGAGAGACGUCCAUCGCGGAGUGUUUGACCUAUCUGGAUAACGGGGUGGUGUUUGUGGGAUCCAGACUGGGAGACUCUCAGCUGGUGAAGCUGAAUGUGGACAGUAAUGACCAGGGCUCGUAUGUGGGGGUGAUGGAGACCUUCACUAACCUGGGCCCCAUAGUGGACAUGUGUGUGGUAGACCUGGAGCGGCAGGGACAAGGCCAGCUGGUGACAUGCUCCGGAGCGUUUAAGGAAGGCUCUCUCAGGAUCAUCCGGAAUGGUAUCGGGAUCCACGAGCACGCCAGCAUCGACCUGCCGGGAAUCAAAGGUCUGUGGCCUCUGCGCUCAGAGUCCAGCAGAGACACUGAUGAUAUGCUGGUUCUGUCUUUCGUUGGUCAGACCAGGGUGCUGAUGCUGAGCGGAGAGGAGGUGGAGGAGACGGAGCUGCAGGGGUUUGUGGAUAACCAGCAGACCUUCUUCUGUGGGAAUGUGGCACAUCAGCAGCUCAUACAGAUCACCUCGGUGUCGGUGCGGCUGGUCACUCAGGACAGUAAGGCUCUGGUGAGCGAGUGGAAGGAGCCGCAGGGCAGGAACAUCAGCGUGGCGUCCUGCAACAACACACAGGUGGUGCUGGCGGUGGGCAGAGUGCUGUACUACCUGCAGAUCCUGAGUGGAGAACUCAAGCAGAUCAGCUCUACAGAGAUGGAGCACGAGGUGGCGUGUCUGGACAUCACUCCUCUGGGCGAGCGCUCUGCUGACUCCUGCAUCUGUGCUGUGGGGCUCUGGACUGACAUCUCCGCCCGCCUGCUCAAGCUGCCCUGCUUCACCCCACUGCACAAGGAGAUGCUGGGCGGAGAGAUCAUCCCUCGCUCCAUCCUUAUGACCACCUUCGAGGGCAGCCACUACCUGCUGUGUGCGCUGGGAGACGGAGCGCUCUUCUACUUUGGCCUGGAUAUUCAGACAGGUGUCCUGAGCGAGCGUAAGAAGGUGACUCUCGGCACUCAGCCCACCGUCCUGCGCACCUUUCGCUCACUCUCCACCUCCAACGUGUUCGCCUGCUCUGAUCGGCCCACCGUCAUCUACUCCAGCAACCACAAGCUGGUGUUCUCCAACGUCAACCUGAAGGAGGUCAACUACAUGUGCCCACUCAACUCUGAGGGCUACCCGGACAGUCUGGCUCUGGCCAAUAACAGCACUCUCACCAUCGGCACCAUCGAUGAGAUCCAGAAGCUCCACAUCCGGACCGUUCCGCUCUACGAGUCACCCAAGCGGAUCUGUUAUCAGGAGGUGUCUCAGUGCUUUGGAGUUUUGUCCAGUAGAGUUGAAAUGCAGGAUGCCAGUGGGACUACAGCAGCUGUACGGCCCAGCGCCAGCACACAGGCUCUGUCCAGCAGUGUGAGCUCCAGCAAGCUGUUCCCCAGCAGCACGUCGCCCCACGAGACGUCAUUCGGGGAGGAGGUGGAGGUGCACAGCUUACUGGUGGUGGACCAGCACACGUUUGAGGUGCUGCAUGCGCAUCAGUUCCUGCAGAACGAGUACGCCCUCAGCAUGGUGUCCUGCAAACUGGGUCGAGAUCCUGCUGUUUACUUCAUCGUCGGCACGGCGAUGGUUUACCCAGAGGAGGCGGAGCCAAAGCAGGGCCGCAUCAUCGUCUUCCACUACACUGACGGCAAGCUGCAGACGGUGGCAGAGAAGGAGGUCAAAGGUGCCGUUUACUCCAUGGUGGAGUUCAAUGGUAAACUGCUGGCCAGCAUCAACAGUACGGUGCGUCUGUACGAGUGGACCGCAGAGAAGGAGCUGCGCACCGAGUGUAACCAUUACAACAACAUCAUGGCGCUGUACCUGAAGACCAAAGGAGACUUCAUCCUGGUGGGAGACCUGAUGCGCUCCGUGCUGCUGCUGGCCUACAAGCCCAUGGAGGGCAGCUUCGAGGAGAUCGCUCGAGAUUUCAACCCAAACUGGAUGAGCGCAGUGGAGAUCCUGGAUGAUGACAACUUCCUCGGUGCGGAGAACGCCUUCAACCUGUUCGUCUGCCAGAAGGACAGCGCCGCCACCACAGACGAGGAGCGGCAGCACCUGCAGGAGGUGGGUCUGUUCCACCUGGGCGAGUUCGUCAAUGUUUUCUCUCACGGGUCGCUGGUGCUGCAGAACCUGGGCGAGAGCUCCACACCCACACAGGGCUCCGUGCUGUUCGGCACCGUCAACGGCAUGAUCGGUCUGGUGACAUCUUUGUCGGAGGGCUGGUACAGUUUACUUCUGGAUCUGCAAAACCGCCUCAACAAGGUCAUCAAGAGCGUCGGCAAGAUCGAGCACAGCUUCUGGAGGUCAUUCCACACGGAGCGCAAGACGGAGCAGGCCACAGGCUUCAUCGACGGGGAUCUGAUUGAGAGCUUCCUGGACUUGGGUCGAGCGAAGAUGCAGGAGGUGGUCAGCACACUGCAGAUUGAUGACGGCAGCGGGAUGAAGCGUGAGGCGACGGUGGAUGAGGUGAUCAAGAUCGUGGAGGAGCUGACGAGGAUCCACUGAGAGCAGCUGUAUAUAUGAACUGUUCCUGUGUGUGUGUGUGUGUGAGAGAGAGAGAGAGAGAGAGCAUGAAGAUGAUGGACACACUCGCCCCGCUGUAAUGUUAGUGGAGUCGUCCUCAUUGUGAUGUUUCUGUUAGUUUAUUUUAAUAAAGUUUCCUUCAAUACUUCA